GCAUAGCAUAGCAUAGCAUAGCAUAGCAUGCAGCGCCUCAUGCAACUCGUCGCGCUCGUCCUGCUCUGCCCGCUGGCCGUGGCCCUGUCAGGUAAGGGGGGGCUGUCCAGCCGGCCGGCCGGGCGGGGGGCCCCCAGCAGCACCCGGCGGCAACUCCUCGCCCCCCGCUCCGCUGAGCCUCGGCGUCUCCCGGCGGGUGCAGGGCGCUUCUGGCACAUCACCGACCUCCACUGGGACCCCGACUACGAGGCGGCGGCGGCCGCCGGACAGGCCUGCCCGUCGGGGGGCUCCCACGCCGGCCCCGCCGCCGGGCCCUGGGGCAGCUACCUCUGCGACGCGCCCUGGUGCCUGCUCGCCUCCGCUGUCAGCGCCAUGAGAAGCCUCCUGCCGCAGCCUGACUUCAUCCUCUGGACCGGAGAUGAUACUCCUCACGUCCCCAAUGAGAAGCUUGGAGAAGAAAAAGUUCUGCACAUAAUAGAAAAGUUGACUUCUCUGAUAAAAGAGACCUUUCCAGAUACUAAAGUCUACGCAGCAAUGGGCAAUCAUGACUUCCACCCCAAGAAUCAGUUUCCGGGGAAGGAGCACAGGAUCUACAACCGAACAGCUGAGCUGUGGCAGCCCUGGCUGAAUGAUACUUCUGUUCCCAUUUUCAGAGCGGGAGCUUUCUACAGUGAGAAGUUGCCCAGCCCAAGGACAAAGGGACGAAUGGUUGUCCUCAAUACCAAUCUGUACUACGACCAGAAUGACGAGACAGCUGGUGAGGAAGAUCCUGGAGGGCAGUUCCAGUGGCUGGAAGAAACACUGACCAAUGCCUCUAGAACAAAUGAAAUGGUCUACAUCGUGGGGCACGUCCCUCCUGGCUUCUUCGAGAAGAAACGAGGCAAGCCCUGGUUCCGGAGUCGCUUUAAUGAACAAUACUUAAAAAUUGUGCAGAAGCACCACAGAGUGAUUGCUGCCCAGUUUUUUGGGCACCAUCACACGGACAGCUUUCGGAUGUUUUACAGUGAUACAGGUUCUCCAAUCAAUGUCAUGUUCUUGGCCCCUGGAGUGACACCCUGGAAAACAACAUUGCCUGGAGUGAACAAUGGAGCCAACAACCCUGGGAUCCGGGUGAUCGACUACGAUCCAGACACCCUUCAAGUGUUGGAUAUGGUGACUUACUACCUGAACCUAACUCAUGCCAACAUGGUGACUGCAGUGUGGGAGGAAGAGUAUAGGCUGAGAGAAGCCUUCCAGGUCCCUGAUGGCUCUGCGCACUCCAUGCAAAUGGUACUGGAGAGGAUAUCAAAGGAUCCACACUAUCUGCAGCAGUACUACGAGUUUAACUCUGUCAGAUAUGACCUCAGCCCGUGCAGGGAGGACUGCCGCGUUGAUCAUGUUUGUGCCAUCAGGGAAGUCGAUUUUACAAAAUACAAUGAGUGUAUUAAAAAGAGCAGCGCUGCCUCUGCCAUCAUCGAUGUUUGGCUUUUAUUAUUCUCCUUGCUCUUAGGACUUUUGAGUCCCCAGCAAGCGCUGUAAUGACAGAGCAAGAGCGAAUGAAGAGAGCACAAGUUCACAAUGCACAUGAGCCAGCAAUUGCGAAUGCUUUUGACAUUGAGAAAUUACUCAAAAAUCAAGACAAAAUCAGUGACUUUUUAGUAAAAGCUCUAAGAUGUUGAUUUGAAAUCUUCUAGAAAAGCUUCGUGUAUCAGGAAAGGGCAGUGAUUGCUACAAAGUCUUUUUUGUGCCAGACUGACCUGCAUCAGGGAGUUUGUCUGCCAUCCGCCCUGGCUUCUGAGGUAGUCUCGCAAAUCAGAUAAAAACCCAGCAUCCCCGUGGACUUUAACUUACCAAGGACGAGAGCUGUGAGCUGCCACGUGUUCCCGAGGAGUCUGCUUCCAGGUGGGUUCUUCUUCUUGGCACAUGCUUCUCUUCUGGAAAGACCACACAACUGGUGAACCAGAAAGUCUUGUUUUGGUGGCCUUGCCUUUGGCUUAUGAGCAAAGCUGGGUGGGAUGUAGUCCUUCCUUUGACAGUGUAUGAACUUCUGUAAGUUUGGGCCGUGACUUAUGCAUAUUAGUGCCCAAGAUGAGGCUCCAGGGUGAGUAAGAAGCUUGAUUAUUAUCUCUCUUAAUAAUUGAUUAUACCUCUGAUAAUAAUUGAUUAUAUCUCUGUGUCUGGCAAGAUCAUGGAGCAGAUUGUCCUGGAAACUAUACUAAGGCACGUGGAAAAUAAGGAGGUGACUGGUGACAGCCAGUAUGGCUUCACUAAGGGCAAUUUGCACCUGACAAAUUUGGUGGCCUUCUACAAGGGGAUACAGAGUUGGUGGACAAGGGAAGAGCAACUGACAUCAUCUAGCUGGACUUGUGCAAAGCAUUUGACACUGUCCCGGCAUUGACACAACAUCAUUUUCUCUAAAUUGAAGAGACAUGGAUUUGAUGGAUGGACCACUUGGUGGGUGAGGAAUUGGCUGGAUGGCCACACUCGAAGGGUUGUGGUCAAUGGCUCAAUGUGCAAGUGAUCAGCAGUGUUCCUCAGGAGUCACUACUGGGACUGGGGCUGUUUAACAUCUUUGUUGGCAACAUGGACAGUGGGAUGGAGCACACCCUCAGCAAGUUUGCUGAUGACACCAAGCUGUGUGUCACGGUCAACACGCUAGAGGGAGGGGAUGCCAUCCAGAGGGACCUAGACAGGCUGGAGAGGUGGGCCUGUGUGAACCUCAUGAAGUUCAAGCAGGCUAAAUGCAAGAUCCUGCACCUGGGUCAGUACAAUCCCAAGCACAAAUCCAGCCUGGGUGGAGAAUGUGUCCUGCCUGGACACGUUUCUGUGCAACCUGCUGUAGGUGGACCUGCUUUGGCAGGGGGGUUGGACUAGAUGAUCUCCAGAGGUCCCUUCCAACCCCAUAUCAU